UCCCCCUAGCCAAAGUCAAACGACUCGAAACCCUCUUUGAUCGUUCCUCUUCUCUUUCCUUCCUAGCACCUUCCUAAUCUUAGGGUUCGAGCUUUGAAGCAGCCCAGCUGCGACACCGCACCAGAGCCAGAGCUGCCUCUGCCCCAGGCCGUCCUGCCUAGUUGAUCAAGCUCGAGCUGCUGCGGCGAGCUGCCUCUCCUCCCGCCUAGUCGGUCGAGCUCGAGCUUCUGCGGCGAGCGGCCUCUGCCUCCUGCCAGUCGAUCGAGCCCGAGUUGCUGCCUCUGCCUGCUGCCUAGUCGAGCCAGAGCCGCCUCUCCCUCCUGAUUCUGCUCGCCGACUUCCACGUGCCGCGACUCACGACUUGCCAGUCGAUCUUCUCUUGCUCGAGCCCGAGCUGAUUGGCUGCUGCUUCCUCCCCUCCCAGGCGGUGCUGCCCAAACAGGUCGGGCCACCUUAGUCCAGACCUGCACCGGGCAAGGAAGCAGUCCAGAUAUUUGAUUCUAGGUUCUGAGAACUGGCAAAUAUGAGUGACAAUUUGAUGGAGAAGGUGAGUGCCUUUGGGGAACGAUUGAAGAUUAGUGGGGCUGAGGUUACUCGGAAGAUGAGUGAAGGAAUGAGCUCAAUGAGCUUCAAAGUCAAGGAGCUUUUCCAGGGUCCUAAUCAGGCGGACAAGCUUGUUGAGGAAGCCACCUCUGAGGCCCUCGAUGAGCCUGACUGGGCCAUGAAUCUGGAAUUAUGUGACAUGAUCAAUCAUGAGAGGAUUAACAGCGUUGAACUGAUCCGUGGCAUAAAGAAACGGAUCAUGACCAAGAGUCCCAGGGUUCAGUACUUGGCCUUGGUGUUACUUGAAACUUGUGUCAAGAACUGUGAGAAAGCGUUCUCAGAGGUGGCAGCUGAGAGGGUUCUUGAUGAGAUGGUGAAGCUAAUUGAUGAUCCACAGACAGUGGUCAACAACCGGAGCAAGGCACUGAUGCUUAUUGAGGCAUGGGGGGAGUCAACUAGUGAACUGCGAUAUCUGCCGGUUUAUGAGGAAACUUAUAAGAGCUUGAAAUCCAGGGGUAUCCGAUUCCCAGGUCGGGACAAUGAGAGUUUGGCACCUAUUUUUACUCCUCCUCAGUCAGUUGUGGCUUCAGAACCAAUUGCAGAUCAUGUUCCGCAGACUCAAUAUGAUGCUCCUGUUAGAAGUUAUACAGCUGAACAGACGAACGAAGCCUUUGAUGUUGCAAGAAACAGUAUUGAGCUUCUUACCACUGUUUUAUCCUCUUCCCCCCAACAGGAUGUGUUGAAGGAUGACUUGACGGUGACGCUGGUACAACAAUGCCGCCAGUCCCAAUAUGCCAUUCAGAGAAUCAUCGAGACCGCUGGGGACAAUGAAGCCCUGCUCUUUGAGGCCUUGAAUCUUAAUGACGAGGUCCAGAAAGUGCUGUCCAAAUAUGAAGAGUUGGAGAAGCCCUCAGCACCCCCGGCUAUGCCUGAACCUGCAAUGAUACCAGUUGCCUCUGAGCCUGAUGAGUCGCCCGUGCUCGCGAAAGAAGAUGCCCUGGUAAGGAAACCGUCGGGUUCUCGGGGAGCUGGGUCCCACGGCGGGAGCAACGACGACAUGAUGGAUGAUCUCGAUGAGAUGAUAUUUGGGAAGAAGGGUGGUGGAGCCCCAUCAGAUGGCGGGCAGGAUUCGACCAAGAAGCCGCAACCACCAAAAGAUGAUCUUAUCAGCUUUUGAAUUGACUUCAACAAUAAUAACAUUCAUAAACAGACUUAAAUAUGGGUAUAUGAAUUGCUUGUUCAUAUUUUCAAGGGUUGAAAGAAAGACCUUUUUUUUUUUUUUUUUAAUCUUCUUUGGGAUGAGUACAGGAAUCCCUUCACGAUGAAGACUCCUUUUCUAAUGUUGCAAUGAAUUUAUUCACGGAGCAGAUGCUUAUACUAUA